AUGAAUUCUCGGUAUAUCGACCACGUGACCAACAAAUCGGUUCUUGAAAACCUUCCCGGUAGCCCGCCCACUUUGAAAGAGGCCUUGGAUGAGAGCACUAGCUCAUGGGGCCGCGACCAGCUGCGCGCCUGCCGUGUGAUCGUCACCAAGAGUGAGGAGACUCUGCUGCCCGCCAUCAGAGAAAACCAAGAGGCCUUCCAGAACACGCGCAAAAUCUCCGCUGACAUGCCUUCGUGCGGGGAUGCUUUGGCCGGCUUCUAUUCCGACUAUCCCGCGGCACUACGCAAUCUCACCAGCCUGAUUCACCGAGAGAUACCCGGGACGCUUGAGUCUGAGCAUGCCUACGUCCGUCAAGACAUUGUGAAUGGCCGCUUUUGGUCCUUGUUGGAUCGCUUCCGGGUCACGUCGCCCAAGACCCUGACCUAUGCUGCCGCCCCCGUGGAAGAGUCGCCCGGCGGACUGGGCAGCUCGCCGCCCAUCAUGGGCCUUAACGAGCCUGCGCCGUUCAGCCAUGUCGCUUCCUCGCCAUCCAUCGGACCGCACGCCAGCCUAGUUAUCCCUGGUCUUAACGACAACGACGACAACGGCGUCAACAACGUCAACAACAACGCCUUUGACGCAGAUGACAACCCUGGACCACAGCAUCUCCCACACACACCCAGGCCUCAACGCUGGACAACCAUCCUCAAUCCGCCCUGUUACGUGCCGUCCUCCCAUCCAAGCUCCGAACCCCCUGUCAUGACAUCGCCGCACUCCGACUUCGUCCCGCCUAGAGAGUUCUCUGCCGUCGCGUCAGCCACUGAGGACCUCACUGUAAGCCUCAUCAGCGAGUUCAUCCGUCAGACCCUGCUCUGGGCCCCUCCGCAGCACGGCGCCAGAUGCCCGGACCCUGUCGUCGACUUUGACGUCCAGAGACGUAACCUGACGACGCACCUGCCCGGCAGCAAUGUCUCCUUCGGCUGUUUUGACGACGGCGGUCUUUACGUCCACCAGUUCGGCCACCUCGGCGUCGGCCGUACCCCGCUGGAAGCAAAGCGAGCCCUCGGCACCGUCGUAGAGGGCAAGCCCAAGUUUGACGACUCGUGGCUGGGCCAGGUCGUUGGCGAGCUGCUCGCAGCCCGUUUCUGUCCGGGUGACAACAGAAGCACUGUCUUCAUCAUCGUCGCCGCCCAGACUUAUCUGCGCUUCUUUUCGGCCAGCACGACGCCCGAGUACAUCGACCAAAUCGUGGCGAAUGCCGCCGACAGCUCGUCCCCCUUUGACGAGUGCCUCAGAAUAGCCGGCACUUGCUGGUUCAACCUGCAGGACAAACACGACCGCGUCCACGCCUUGCGCAACCUUUCGGGCAUUGUGACGCUCACAAAGGAAUGGAUCAAAUGA